AUGUCUGAUAACAAGAAGCCAGACAAAGCUCACAGUGGCUCAGGUGGUGAAGGUGAUGGAAAUAGGUACAAUAUAUUGGAGUGGCUAUUUUUCAUUGUUGCCACAACAAGUUUUCUGGCGUUCCAGUUAAUCGUAGAUGCCAUUUCUGAGGAGCAGUAUGAAAGGGAUGUGGCCUGGAUCGCCAGGCAAAGCAAGCGCGAGUCCUCUGUUGGUCGGGAGGAUGAAGAAGAUGAUGAGGAUGAAGAUGAGGAUGACGAUGACGACUAUGACUUCUAUGAGGAUGAUGAUGACGAGGAAGAGGAAUUGGAGAACCUGAUGGAUGAUGAAUCAGAAGAGGAUGGGGCAGAAGAUGAGAUGAACGUGGAAAUGGGUGCCGAAGCUUCCUGCCUCCUUAACUUAGCUACCUGUACUUGUGCUCCUGGCCAUCAUUUAAGGAAGGAUGAAGUGAGAUGUAGGCUGAUUUAUUUCUUCCACCACCCUAAUUUCCUGGUGUCUAUGCCAAUGCACUCUAAGGAAUCAAUGGACUGUGGCCAUGAAAAUGCUCAUGAAGAAGUUGAAAUGGAAGAGGAGGAGGAGGAGGAGGAGGAUGAAGAAGAG